AAAGGAGAAAAAGGAGAAAAAUGACAAAAAUGAGAGCGAGCAGAAUGGAUUAGAUGAAAGAUCACUUAGCCCCAUAUCCUCUAUUGGAAGUCCUGAAGAAACUACUCGAGAGGAGUUUACUGAGCUGAGAGAUGAGCCCAGGAGCCAGGAAAAUGUCAAGGAUAAAACUUCCAAUGAGGAGAAUAAGACUGAAAAGUCUGCUCCCAUAGAAGAGAUGAUAAGUAAAGAGGAAGAAACAAAAGUUCCUGAAAAAGCUAAUGAACCUAAUAAGAAGGUUUUAGAAGUAAAAAACGAGAAUGUUGAUAUGAUAUCCAAUCCUACCAGGGGGGAAGAUAAGGGAAAAGAUAUCCUUUUAAUUAAAGAGGAGGUCACGGAGAACACCAAUAAACUAUCCUCUGCAGUAGAGACUGAGCUGACAAAGAUCAAGUCUGAAUUAAUUAACGACAAGGAGUCUCACAUUAAUAUUGAUAAAAAAGCAUCAUCAGAGACAAUUCUUCCUAACUCUGUGAAAUCAUCAUCGCUUCCGAAGGAAGAAACGGAGACUUUAACCCCGGAAGAGCGUAGGUUAAAGUAUAAAAAGGAACGGGAGGAACGUGUUACAGCAUUUCUUGCAGCAGAGAAGGUUAUGUUAGAUGUCCUGGAUAAACUGAAACAAACUUAUCUUGAAGAUGCAGUGCAGCAUCCUGAUUACAGCAGAGAAUGGAGCAACUUUUGGCGCGGUAAAACGGCAGAAUUAAGAGCACGUGGAAUAUCUGAGUCAACAUAUGACAUGAAACCUGAGUGGAUAAUUAAAUGGACUGAGUAUUUUGAAUGGGACUUUGUGAAUCGCCGUAAAAAAGAACGAGAUAUUUUAAUGAGGAAGUUUAAACUUCUUCCGAGAGACUUGGCAGAGUUUGAAAGAAAGCAGCCUGAAAUGGCUGAAAGCAUGAAGUUCUUAAUUAGAGCUAAAAAUCACAAUGAGCAAAAUAUUAUUUCAGACGCAAGCAGAAAACAUACAGAGUCCAAAGAAAGAGAAAGGUCUGCAAGUCCUUGGGAGGAGGAUUAUCCAAAUCAAUUAAACAAACCAUUAACUCAAAAGAGACCUCUUUCUCCUGCCUCGAAGGAAAUAGGGACUAAAAAGAGAAAUGGUCAGGAUGAUGUGUAUUCUGAAAGCAAAGAAGGUGCCUUUGGCCAAAGAAGAAGUAAGUCUCCAAGUUCCAAAGAUCUUAAGGUUCAACUGGCAGAACAGCAGAGAAAAUCGAAGCCUAGCAUUGCUGGGUUUGAGGAUAAUUACAGAGAUCACCAUAGACGGCGUUCAAGAUCCCCAGCCAAAGGUCAAGACUGGCAUUCUGAACGAAAAUCUUCUGAAAAAUCUUAUUAUAGUAGAGAAAAGCGUUAUGAAAGAAGAUCAACAGAGCGAUCCUCAAGCCCCAGAAGAGAAAGUUACUCAGAUAGAAGGUCAAUUGAAAGAUCAUCAGGUUAUUCUCAUAAAAGAUCUCCCGAUUUUCAAAGAGAUAAAUAUUCUGAUAAGAGAUCCAUAGAGAGAUCUCCUCCACACAAGUCGCACUACACCAAACAGUCUCCAAUCUCUCAAAGAUUGGCAGAUCAGCAUAGGUCAGAAAGAAGAUCAAAGCUUUCUCCAUUUUCUGAAAGAAGUCGCUUGGGAGAUCACCAUCUCAGUAAUCAAAGACCAGACAGACGAUCAUUCUCCCCUGAAUCUGAAGAACAUCGUGGAUCUAAUUAUCUUGAUGAUAGAAUUGAUGAACCAUCUAAUGAAGUGUCUGUGAUAUCAACACUAAGGUUAAUGUCUGCUUUAGACCAGGCUGGAUUUAUCAGAGAUCUUGGUAAGCAAAUUGAUGAACAUCUUGGAAAAGCAGUUGUUCUGGAGAACCGAAUUCCAGGUUCUAGCUGGGAUUUAGUUGAUGUAAAGGAUUUCUACAAAUUACUUAUUGCAACAAAAGAUCGAGUUGAUAAUCUUAUCAAAACUGGUACGAUGAGUGAAAGUGAAAAUAAGGUUUGCAGAAUAAUUCUAGAUAAUGUGAUAAUUCUCCUUCAGCGGUCAACCUUGAAACUUGAAGAUGUAGUGGAGAAAAAACCUGAAGUAAUCGAUGAUCAAAGAUUGAUUAAAAUGGCAAUUGCAAGAACUAUUGACCAGCAGUUAACAGCUCAGGGGCAGAGGUUAAGCCAAGAAGAGUUUAAUGCUUUAGUUGAAGCUGAAUAUAUCAGGGUCAAACAUCAACUACCAAGUCAAAUCUCACAGCAAACCCAGGUUGUUCAAAAGCCAACAGCAUUAGAGCAAAAUGUAUUGUCUAGAAACCCUUGGACAUAUGAUAUUUCUGGUCAACUUAACCAACAGCAACAUGUUGUUCCACAGCCACAUGGGUCCAGGGAAUGGGAAGGAUCAUUGCAAUUUAAUAUCCCAAAAAACAAUCCUUUACCUGCGCAGGGAAUUCAAGCUGUUCCUAGUUAUCCUGGAGCAAUUUCUGUCAAUUUGAUUCCAGCCCAGUCACCUGCAGUUCCCAUUGCAGCCAGCAUAAAUCAGGUCCCAUUACUACCAUUUGCGGCUAAUCCUAGUCCAAUAUUACCAGCACAAAGUGCCCAAGCAAUUCCAAACAUAGAUUGGAACUCAUUGUCCAACAUCAUCAAAACUGUGAAAAGUGGUCCUGAGACUGAUCAAUUGGUAGAUGACUUGUCUGUUCAUCAUGAGAAUAUGCGUUCAGAAGUUGAAACAACUGCCCCAGUAGCUAAACCUGUUUUGGAAGAAGAUGAAUUUUACGCUGAUUUUACAGAUGAAGAGUUGAUCUCAUUGCUGCGAAACUUUAAGACUCUUGAGCCUUUGGAGCAGAAGGAUUUAAUCUCUCACAUGAAAAAGCUUGAGAGAGAUGAACCAGACAGAGUUUUGAGACUAAAAGAGGCAGUUCACAGAGCUUAAAUCUAGUUGUUUAGUUAUCCUUUUAAAUGAAAGUUAUGAGUGAUGAAUUGUAACUGUUAAUGUGCUAAUAAAGAAAGUUUUCUGUGUUUUA